UCAUUCGAGUGUGGGGUCGCGAGUCGGAGGAGCACAUCUCGCGUUGCCGCUCCCAAGUGAGUCACUUUAUUAGCAUUGCCAGUGACGUCACCGAACUGCUUUCAAAGGGAAUUCCUUAUUGGGACCGCGGGGAGAAGGACAGAAUGAGCUGUCUGCGAUUCCCGAGCGGUGCCGCGCGCUGAGGUGCUGAGUAGGCGCCGAGCAAUUGCUGCGAAUCGCGCUCCUGAUUCACUCGCGCACGCCGAGCAACGGAUCCAGUCAGGUGUGCACAGGUGCAGCGACAGAUAACAAAACAACACACACGACUCCGAUGCACCUCAAGUGUCUGUUUUUGUUUUGACCACCGGCGAAUCCAACACGUUGUUCCUUAAAUAAUUUGCAGUGGAUUCACAAAAAUGGUCUACCACUGGCAAUCGCAAAAUGUCAAGCUCUCCGGAGUGGAUGACAUGGUGUUGUUACCCAAGAUUUCCGAGGAUGCCAUCGUUGACAACCUCAAGAAGAGAUAUAUGGACGACUACAUAUUUACUUGCAUUGGCCCUGUACUUGUCUCGGUCAACCCAUUCAAACAGAUGCUUUAUUUUGGAGAAAGAGAAAUUCAAUUAUACCAGGGCGCAGCUCCCUACGAAAACCCACCACAUGUGUACGCCCUGGCUGAUGAAAUGUACAGGAAUAUGAUGAUUGACAAUGAAAACCACUGUGUCAUCAUCAGUGGUGAAUCGGGUGCUGGCAAGACCGUGGCUGCUAAAUACAUCAUGUCGUACAUCGCAAGAGUCUCAGGUGGAGGAACUAGGGUUCAGCACAUCAAGGACGUCAUUCUCGAGUCUAACCCUUUGCUUGAGGCAUUCGGCAAUGCAAAAACUGUCCGCAACAACAACUCCAGCAGAUUUGGAAAAUAUGUUGAAAUUCAGUUUGGUACUGGCGGCCAACCUGAGGGAGGAAAAAUUUCAAACUUUUUGCUAGAAAAAUCUCGAGUAGUUUCCCAAAACAAGAGUGAGAGAAACUUCCACAUUUUUUACCAAAUUUGUACAGGCGCUACUGCAGAAAUGAAACAAAAUCUUGGUAUCGCUGAACUGGACUAUUACAAGUACCUCUGCCACGGAGGAAACAACCACAGGGUUGAUGGCACAAAUGAUGCCCAUGACUUCCAGGAAACCUUGCAAGCCAUGAAUGUGAUGGGGAUUUCCAGCACGGACCAAUCAAACAUUCUGAAACUGACAGCAGGCGUUCUGCACCUCGGAAACAUCUCCUUCAAAGAACAUGGAAAUAACGCUGUCAUCGAAAGCCAAGAAGAGUUGCAGUUUCCUUCCUAUCUUCUUGAUAUCGAUUCGUCCCAACUGAGCACCAAACUUACAAGUCGUCUCUUUGACAGCAAAUGGGGUGGAAAGUCGGACAAAAUCGACGUCACCCUGAACAAAGAGCAAGCGCUCUAUGCAAGAGAUGCGCUCGCAAAGGGAAUUUACGCUCGACUCUUCGAUUACCUAGUCAAGAGCGUCAACAGCGCAAUGGUUACCAACAUUGUCAGCAAUAACACUGGGAUUUUGGACAUUUAUGGGUUCGAGAUCUUUGAGUGCAACGGAUUUGAACAAUUCUGCAUCAACUUCGUCAAUGAGAAGCUCCAGCAGAUCUUCAUCGAGCUCACCCUGAAAGCUGAGCAGGAAGAGUAUGUGCAAGAAAAUAUCAAAUGGAGCAACAUAGACUAUUUCAACAACAAGGUGGUGUGCGACUUGAUCGAGAGCAAACGGCCACCAGGAAUCUUCUGCGUGCUCGACGAUGUCUGCGCCACCAUGCACGCCGUGUCCAAUGGCGUCGACCAGGACCUGCAAAUGAAAUUGAACGCGGCCAAUGGCACGCACCAGCACUACCAGCAGUGGAAAGAUGGUUUCACAGUGCACCAUUAUGCCGGCAUUGUCAACUACAGCGUCCGCGGAUUCUGCGACAGAAACAGGGAUGUUCUUUUCCCAGACCUUAUUGAACUAAUGCAGAGUAGUGAAAACCCAUUUGUUCGAAGUCUCUUUCCAGAACAGUUAACUGCAGGGUCCAAGUCACGUCCAACAACUGCUGGGUGCAAAAUUAAAACGCAAGCCAACAUGUUGGUAGAGGAGCUUAUGAAAUGCACACCUCAUUACAUCAGAUGUAUCAAGCCAAAUGAAACAAAGAGACCCAAAGACUGGGAGGAGCUCAGGGUCAAGCAUCAGGUAGAAUAUUUGGGCCUGAAGGAAAAUAUCAGGGUUCGAAGAGCAGGUUAUGCUUACAGAAGACCAUUCCAGAAAUUCCUCUCUAGGUAUGCAAUUAUCACAAAAGAAACCUGGCCCCAUUGGAGGGGAGAUCCUCGACAAGGUAUCGAGCACAUUAUGAACAAGGUUAACAUGGAAAAAGCCCAGUACCAGUUGGGAAAGACCAAAAUUUUUGUCAAGGCGCCAGAAUCGCUUUUCCUUCUGGAGGAGAUGCGCGAGCGAAAAUUCAACGUCUAUGCCAGGGUAAUCCAAAAAGCUUUCAAAAAGUACUUUGCGCAGAGGCAAGUGCAGAAACAAAAAGAAGAAGCGUGUAGUGUGGUGUUUGAAAAGAAGCAGCGGCGCCACUUCUCAAUCAAUCGAGGUUUUGUGGGUGAUUACAUUGGAGUUGAGAACCAGCCUGCCCUUCUGUCGCUCAUUGGAAAGCGAGAAAAAGUUGUGUAUGCCGAGCAUGUGCUCAAGUAUGACCGCACGUUUAAGUCUGCCAGACGAGAUCUCAUUUUGACAGCAAAUGCGCUCUUUUUGAUUGGUAGAGAAAAAAUAAAAAAGGGGCCUGAAAAGGGAACGUUUAAAGAAGUCAUCAAGAGAAAGUUGGAGUUGGAAAAUAUCAGUGACAUUGCUUUGAGCCAACUCCAGGAUGACUUUGUGAUUAUCCACAUGAAGCAAGAUUACGAUUCUUUCCUGGAGCUCAUUUUCAAAACCGAGUUUCUCACUGUGAUCACCAAGAAAGUGAAGGAGAAGACUGGACACGAACUUCCCUUAAGAUUCAGCAAUUUCAUGGACUUCAAAGUUAAAAAAGAUGGUUGGGGAGGAGGAAGCAUCAGAAAUGUCAAAUUUGAGCAAGGAGUUGGCAACAAGGCAACUUUGAAACCAUCGGGAAAAGUUUUGACAGUCAGCAUAGGCCCUGGACUACCAGCAAAUACAAGACCACAAGCGACCAGCACAAUUAGAACAACUAAAAACAGAAACAAUAACAACCAAUCGCAAACAGCAAGGCCAAAAUUGGGCACUCAGAGCAGAAUACAAGAAAUACAAAGCAGGCCUCUGCCUCCACCUUCCGGAGAGAGCAGCGCACCCCGGCAGUAUGGUUCUUUGAGAAAUGCUCCUCCCCCGCCUAGUGAACCAGCGCCACCAAAUCAGCCAGUUGUCAGACAGUCUCUUGCUAAAAUAGCUGGCACGGUUAAAGGCAAAGAUCCCUCCUCACGACCUCGAAUGGAGACUCCUAGAGAAAUGAACAAACCCCCAGUAACAAUAAAGACUCCCCCGAUGCCAAGUUUGACUUUGCCUAAAAAUGGUCAGGCCAUUAGGAAGGUGUCUGCCGAAAAAGCGCCAUCAAACCCAUCUUUUAUGAAUCCACCUAGUUCCGGAGUUUCAGGUGAGAAGCGUUCAAGCAAACCAAUUCCAGGCGGUGGAAAACCGAGGCCAGCAAUGAAGCCAAAGCCAUCACUUCCAAAGUGCAGGGCACUUUAUGACUACCAAGCACAGGACCUGGAUGAACUUGAGCUCAAGGAAGGAGACAUAAUUGAAGUUUUCAAAGAAGAUGAUGGUGGUUGGUGGCAUGGAACAUUAAAAGGAAAGAAGGGAUUGUUCCCUGGAAACUACGUUGAAAAAUUGUGAUUUCAGCAUUCAAGUCAUCCUUAUUUAUGGGUCUUUUGGCCUAACACUUGUUUUACAGUCAUUGCUUCAGUUUGAGGAUCAGUGUAUGCAUUUAACAGACCAAAAGAAAUGGUAGUUGAUGAAUUUUAUUUAUUUAAAAGUUUUUUAAGAACAAUUGAAAGUAGAGGAAAUGUUUACUUUAUUAAUACAUACACACAUUAAUACCAAAGCUAACGUUAAAAUCAAUCUAGUUUUUUAUAUGCUACAUUAUUUAAAAUAUUAAAAAAAACUGCACUGCACACAUGAAAUGUAAAAUGACCAAAUAAACUAUUAAUUAAACAUUUAU